AAAGUUUUCGGCGAGUAGGCAAGCAGGUUGCGAGGCGAGAGGAGGGUCGGUCCGGUCGGGUGUGCGAUAGCGAAAGCGAAAGCGAGGGCGGGUGACGUGUUGAGCGGUUCCUGAAGCUCGCGAUCCCACCCGCAACCCACAAUCUGUAAUCCCCGAUCACAGGGCCCGCGGGGGAGUCCACCAAUCAGUUGCCCAUAUAUUCGCUGCAACGGGUUUGCAGUGCGCCUGGAACGUUCCGUGAGCUGACAGCUUUGUCCCCUCUAAAAAUGACUUUCAGUAAGGGCUUGCCGCACUUUGCUUCGGGCAUCGUUGUCAAGGGUUUCGGUAGAGGGUCGAAAGAACUCGGUAUUCCCACAGCCAACUUUGAGCCACAUAUUGUGAAAGAAUUGCCUGAAGAAGUGGGAACUGGAAUAUAUUUUGGCUGGGCCCAAAUAGAUGAAGGAACAGUCCAUAAAAUGGUGAUGAGUGUGGGAUGGAAUCCUUACUUCAAAAAUGUCGAAAAGUCCAUGGAAACUCACAUUUUAACUAAAUUUUCACAAGACUUUUAUGGAAGAAAUUUGAGGGUCUGUAUGGUGGGUUAUCUGCGGCCAGAAAAGGACUUUACAUCUUUAGAUGCAUUGGUGAAACAAAUUUAUGAAGAUAUUUCAGUUGCAGAGAAAGAAUUGGAGGAACCCGUCUACUUAAAGUUGAAGUCUCACAAGUUUUUCUGUACAGAUAAAGAUGACGUGAAAUCUUAAAAGCUCUCUGUGUUAGUAAAACAAUUUUUAACAACAAAUCUGUCUUCAGAAAAAAAACCAAAAGAUUCUAUUUUGUUGUUAUUUUCUUACAUACAUACAUUUAUGUGAUGUUUUCGUUUAUUGUUACUUAAGUAUGCUUCUGUCUGUGAUCCGUAGGAUAAAAUGAAUGACUUCAUUGAUUAGCUUGAGUUACCCACCGGUUUUGCCUAUCAUUUUAAUUUUAAUUUGCCAACUUGUGUGUAAACGUUUUGACACAAGGAUAAUUUAUGUGCAUAGAGCAGUUUCAUCUGAAUGCAAGCUCAUGCUUGUUUAUGGUCCAUGACAUUAAUGUCAUUCAGGUUCAUUGCUGCAUUUCUUUUUUAAGUAUUGGUGGGUUUGGAUGCACACACUGAUUGCACCCAGCUUUUAUCAGACACCAUUUCAUUGGUUCUGCACCACCUCACAAGAGAGAAAUAAACUUAGUAAAAAUGUACUUAUGAAAUCCAUGGCGUGAUUUUAGCUACUUAAAUGUGCCCUUAGUAGUUUUAUUAUUGUGAAGUAGUACUUAAGGUCUCCUUAUUAAACUGUUUAAUUGGCAAUACAAA